AUGUCCUCACCGUCCACACCACGCUCGACGCGUUCCGCGUCCCCAGGCGGUUCGCCGAACAUUAUUACACCCGGCCAAAAGAUUAAGGCCCUGAUGGCUGAAUUUGACAGUGACUCGGAGGAUGAUACACAAAAUGCUAAAUCGACAUCUGCUGCACCAAAAACCACCUUAGGGCGCGAUUCCACGUCAACCAUCCAGACACACAACGACGGUCAAGCAUACGACUCGGGUGAUUCAAGUAGUGAAGACGCUAUUGCCCGCCCCAAGGGUCGAAUGGCUGCCCGGAUGCAGGGCAAUACCACGAAAUCACCCAAUCCAAAUGAAACAGACUCCGCAUUCGCCCGUGUGUCCAAGGCAUUCCGGUCCGAAAGAGAACAGGCCCAGAAGCCGCAGCAGGCAGAGCCCACACCCAACGAUGAAUCCAGUGAAGACGAAAUUCCUACGGCUGGUCCGAGGAGAAAGAACAAUGCCCGAUCUAAAUCACCAGAGUCCGACAAAGAGCCGAGCCAAACUCCUCCACGUCUAAGAUCCGAGUCUCCCCUAUUUGUGUCUUCUCCUGCUGAGCCGCGUGACGACCCCGCCAACAGCAAUGAUAUUGAUCACGACGCUGAAGAAAAGCCUAAGGGGAAAGCCCGAUUCCUUUCCCUUGUUGCCCAGAAACGCAAGGAGCGCGAGGAGCGAGAGAAAGCCGAGGCCGAUAAGAAGGCUGCUGCUCGGAAAGCACAGAUGGAGCACUUCAGUUCGGAGGUUCUUUCUGAUGAGGAAAGCGGUGCUGAUGACCCUGGCUCUGCUCACAAGCUCUCUCAGAAGGCCCGUCAACCCCGCAAGGCGAGCAAGAAAGCUUUGGAUGAGAUGAGACAGGAGACACAGCGGAUGAGCCGUAAUAUGCAAUUGGCUCACCAGGCAAAGACCAAGAAGAAGAUUACCAAAGAGAGUCUCUUCGCCCGAUUUAACUUUAUGCAACCUGAACCCUCAGCCACCGAACAACCUGUAAUAAACUCAUCGUCCACUGCCGGCUCGCAAACCUCGUCUGAUGGAGAACUACGCAAGCUCAAAGACACCCCACAUACUUCUCCAGUGAUUGGCGUAGCCGAUGAGAGCAAGCCGACUGCUGUUGAUUCCGAGGCUCAAACGCAAGCUACUGAUGUCGGCAUGGAUGCGAACCAGGAGGAUCUGCCUAUUUUCGACAAAGUGGUAGCUGAAAAAGCUGAGAUGGGGCAUGCUGAAGUCAAACAGGUUUCACCCUCUGUACCCAAAGCCGCAAAAGAAAAGAGAAUCUCUCGCCCUCUCACUCAACCGCCUAUUCGCGUGCUGCUUUCCCGACAAGAAGUUGCCGCGAACACCCAUGGUGACGACGAUUCUGAUAGCGACUUGGAGGUGGUUACUUCACCUGGCAAGUGUCGUCGGAUCGCAGCAUUCGAAAAUCUCCCCACCCGCCAGAUGCAAGAAGACCCUGGUACGACCAGGCUCAAGGCAUUGGCACACUUGACGUCUCCCUCACGCAAACGGGCCUCAAUGAACAACGCAGAACUCUCUGCGAACCUAUUGUACAAAGCUCGACAGCAAGCCGCCAAGGAGCGCCGUGAACGAAUGGAAGAACUCCGGGCUAAGGGUGUGAUCAUUGAAACCGCCGAGGAGCGAGCAGCCAUGGAAGAUGACAUGGAGAACCUUGUUGAGAAGGCUCGCAAAGAGGCAGAUGAGAUUGCCCGUCUCGAGAAGGCUGCUAAGAAGAAGGAAGGACAGAAUGACGACGAUGACGAGGAUGAGGAUGAUGACUAUCAGCUUUCCGGCUCUGACGAAGAGGCAUAUGGCGAGGGUGACGAUGAAGAUGAAGAUGAAGAGGAGGAAACCAGCAGCGUGAAUGGCAAGGCCGGGCUUGUCGAGCAGGAGGCAGAUGAAAACGACGAAUCCGCUGACGAACAAAGUGAAGGUCUACCUUCAGACACCGAAAAAGAACUCGCCCCUUCCGCCAGACGCAAGCGCCGAAGACGAGUGGUCAGCGAUGACGAAGAUGGAGAGGAUCAACCCCAGGCACCAUCGACGCCUGUGAGAGCGCCGACUCAUGUCCCGCAGUCGGCUGAACGACCCAAUUUCCCUGAUCUGGGAACGCCUGGCGAUAUGUCUCUCGGUCUGACUCAGGCCUUUGCCUCCACAUUAGAUGGCAAUGGUGCAGACAGCCAACCAGGAUCCGCCACCAUCCCUUUCUCUUUGCCCGACCCAGGUCGACCUGUACCCCAGCUUCGGAAGGAGGAAUCCGAGAUCCUUGUCCGAGACAGCCAGGAGCAUCCACAAGACAAAGACUUCAUGGAGGGUUACUCGCAGAACGUAACUCGGGUAUCGGAGUCGCCUGCUCCAUACCAUUUCUCGGAGUAUUCUCAACUACCGGACCCAACCCAAGAUGAAGGCUUCGUCUUCUCACCAUUUGAUCCCGCGAAAAGAUGGAGAGACACACCUCCCGUCUCGACCAUUGAUACAGUUCUCGUUGGUCAAAGCCAGUCGCCCAUUGCGGAGCGAAAGCGCAAGAUGUUGCGGCGAGGCCGCGCCACUGGACUCUCUCAGGUUGAGGAAGAUGAACAUGAAGGUGACUUUGAGAUCAAUGCCAAUGCCUUCAAUGUCAUGAAGAAGGACAAGGUUACGAAGAAGAAGUCUGCCCCUGAAUACAACAAGAAGAACAGUAUGGCGAAAGACAUUGUUGAUGAGGCUGCAGAGGAAUCCGAGGAUGAAUAUGCAGGCCUCGGAGGUCAUAGUGAUGACAGUGAUGGCGAAGAAGAUGCCAUUGAUCGCCAGAUGAUCAACGACAACAGUGGUGAGGUGGUUGACGAGAAGCAACUCGCCGCACUCAAUGCUGUCCACGAUCGCAACCGUGACGAGAAAGACGUCGCCAAGCUCAUGAGAGACAUCACAACUGGAGCCCUCCGACGCCGCAAAAAUGCUGAUGAUGACUUUGAUCUUGACGACUCAGACGAUGAGCACUUGGCACGACGCCGUGAAAAGCAACGCGAAUUCGCCAAGAUGCGUCGUGCUCUUCUCGCAGACGAGAAAAUCGGCGAGAUUGCCGAAAACCCCAAGAAAGCGGCAUUUUUCAAGGCUGUUGAGGAUCGCGAAGUCGAUGAUGAUUUCAAUAUCGACUUCCUCGAGGAAGAAGAGGGCGGCUCUCAGGCUGAAGCAUCCCAAGAUGCUACACUCGAGGAACAGUCAAACCAUGCAUCAAAUGAGGGCAAGAAGCGCAAGCGCCCUCUUGAACCAUCCGGUGAAGAUUCCACCAACCGGCCCCCACCUAAUCUCCGUCGCACUCCUGCCAGCGCAAUGUCCAAGAAACCAGCUACCCUGGCCGAGAUCCGUGAGACGCUGUCCUUCCUCACUGAGACCCCCGAAUACGAUUCCUUCCACGAGGAUGCUUCCCUCGACGAGGCCGAGCACUGGAACGAAAGCGAAGAUGCAUCCGGUGCUGAAGAAGGCCAUUCGGAAGACCAACAAUCCGACACCACAUUCGCCAAACCCAGCCACCCACGCCGAACACGCGGAGUGGUCGUUGAUCGCCUCGCCCUCCUCCGACAAGCAUCAUCCAACUCCGCCACAAACUCCUCCGGAUCUGGAAACGGCAAGAUGGCAUUCUCAACGGGCAAUAGUGACGGUCCGAUUGGAUUCCGUCCUCCACAGUUCUUGCGCCGUGUCACAACCGGCUCUUCCUCUUCCAGCAACUCAAGCACCACCUCCAACCACGUUUCAAAAGCCGCGGCUUCAGGACCGAAGAAGGGCGGCGCUGUCAAUUCAUACACAGCUGCGCGUGAGCGUGAGCGUGAGAAGGAGCUGCGCAUUAAGCAGCGGAGUGGUGCGUCCAAUAUUGCUAAGUUGUUGAAUAAGCAUACUGGUGGUGGGCUUGGUGCUUUGGGUAAAGGCCAGUGGGAUUAA